AAUAAAAUAAAACUUUCUCUCACCUCUCUACUGUCAUACAGUACUGGAUUCAUGCAAAUAGCAACUUCUCUACGCCUUUAACCACUCUUCACUUCACAGUCACUUCAUUUGUUCCCUUCGUCUCUCUCUCUAAACCUUUCCUAUACCAGAUGUCCAGAUCUCUCUGAUAAAACUUUGAUGGAACCGUGUUGUUUUGGAUUUCCUCAUCUCUUCCCUAGUGGCUAGAGAUUUUUUUUGCUGUUGACUUUUUCUUUUUCCAUCAUUUGUAGGAUAUCUGUGUACUUUCAUUCCGAGAUUUUUCGCCGCAUAUCUCGCUAUACCCAUUACCUAAUUUUCCUUCCUUUAAUACCCUCUCUUCAUAACAAUUUUUGAUAGAAAAUGUCAAACGGGUUAGAGAGAGAAAGUGGGUUCACCAUGUUCAGUGAUGAAGAUUUAAGGGAUAUAGAUGGAGUGAAGAAAAUUGGAGAAUGUGUUGAAGUAAUGUGUGGUUGUACUAGUCAUAGAUAUGGUGAUGCUGUUGGAAGGCUUAGGGUUUUUGUUAAUGGGUAUCUUGAAAUCACUUGUGAAUGCAUCCCUGGUUGUGAAGAAGACAAGUUGACUCCCGCUGCGUUUGAGAAACACUCUGGAAGAGAAACAGCUAGGAAAUGGAAGAACAAUAUUUGGGUAAUAGUUGAUGGCGAGAAGGUUCCAUUGUAUAAAACAGUUUUGCUCAAAUACUACAAUCAGGCAUUGAAAACAGCCAAUGGAUCCCACAAAUCUAACAAUGGACAGGCAUGCCACCGUGACGAGUUUAUCUGUUGUACUAGAUGUAACAAAGAGCGCAGGUUCCGCCUGAGAACUAAAGAGGAAUGUCGCCAUCACCAUGAUGCUUUAGCUGAUCCAAAUUGGAAAUGUUCUGAUCUUCCAUAUGACAAAAUUACGUGUGAUGAUGAAGAAGAAAGAGGCAGUCGCAGAGUUUACAGAGGGUGCACUCAUUCUGCAGCAUGCAAAGGUUGCACUUCUUGUGUGUGCUUUGGAUGCGAGUUAUGCCGUUUUUCAGAUUGCACUUGCCAGACUUGUACUGACUUUACAAGGAAUGCCAAGGCUUGAGUUCAUAUCAUCAUAUUCCUAAAUCUUGAUAUUUUUAGUACCUUUUUGUUCGUAUGGACUGAUUUGCCAGUCCUAAUCAAGUGUUUAAGAUUCUAAUGUAAUGGAUAAUUGUGCUCGUGAUUUUCGGAUAUCAAACCAUUAAUUGAUUUG